AUGCCACAGCAGGCCUGCUGGCAGGGACGCCAGACGGAAGCAUGGGACGCAAUGGAGCCCCUCCCACCCCCUGCCCCCCCCCCUCCUCCUGCACCUGACACCUGCCCUCGAGGUUCUGCCGGCCUGGCGGCGAUGCAGGUGGAACACACGGCGGCUUACGGCCGCCCCCGCACCUGGACGCCGGCACACCUGCCGAGAGCUGCCUGCCGCUCAUCUCAUGAUGUUGAUUUAGCACAGCUGGGACUGGAGCGGCCGGAGGCGGGUGCGGGGGCGGAGUCGGUGCCGGAGUCGGAGGCGUGCUCCCUGCUGGGGGGCGGCGCGGCGGAGCGGCUGUGCCGGCUGCACGCGGACCACGUGGCCGCCGCCCGGCGGGCCGCCCGCGCCGCGCUCCAGGAGUGCCAGUGGCAGUUCCGGCAGCGCCGCUGGAACUGCUCCACCGUCCAGGGCUCCAGGACCGUCUUCGGGCCCGUCUCCAGGAUCCCGAGCCGCGAGAUGGCGUUCGCGCACGCGCUGUCGGCGGCGUCCCUGCUGCACGCGGUGGCGCGCGCCUGCCACGACGGCCAGCUGGCGGCUUGCGGCUGCUCCCGCAGGGGCAGACCCCGCGACCUGCACGCCUCCUGGCUGUGGGGCGGCUGCGGCGACAACCUGCACUACGGCUACAAGUUCUCGACGGAGUUCGCGGACGCCAACGAACGGGAGAAACCGCUGAAGAAGGGUUCGCGGGAGGCGGCGCGCGCCGUCAUGAACCUGCACAACAACGAGGCGGGCCGCAGGGCGGUGGUGCGCAAGUCGCGCGUGGCGUGCAAGUGCCACGGCGUGUCCGGCUCCUGCAGCCUCAUCACCUGCUGGCAGCAGCUGGCGCCUCUGAGGGAGGUCGGGGACUACCUGAAGGACAAGUACGACGGCGCGACGGAGGUGCGCGUGACGCGGCGCGGCCGGCUGGCGGUGCGGGACCGGCGCUUCUCGCGGCCCACCUCCCACGACCUCGUCUACCUCGCCGAGUCGCCCGACUACUGCGAGCGCAACGACUCGCUGCGGCUGCCCGGCACGUACGGGCGGCAGUGCAACCGGACGUCGCAGGGCAUCGACGGCUGCAGCCUGCUGUGUUGCGGGCGUGGUUACAACACGCAGAAGACGCUGGUGCGCGAGCGCUGCCGCUGCAAGUUCCGCUGGUGCUGCUCCGUGGAGUGCAAGGUGUGCUCCCGCACCGUGGACGUGCACACCUGCAAGUGAGCCGACACUCCUCGCAGGGGAGCGCCGUCGUCAGCAUUACGACCUGCACACCUGCAAGUGAGCGGACACUCCUUGCACAGGAGCGCCGUCGUCAGCAUUACGACCUGCACACAUGCAAGUGUGUAAUACGUGUGUGCCCUUCCCUGUCGUACACCCCAGCAAGGUGUGCGCCGGUAUCAGGAAUGUGACUUGCACAACUGCGAGGACGGCUUUUUGCAGUCUGACGUCUGCUGCACAACGGCUCUAGCAAAUGGGAAGUGCUUGAUUGCGUUGUCCCCGUGUGCACCUGGAAGUCACAUCACAGAUGGAAAUGAACUUACUGUUGAUAUAAGUAUGGACACAUAAAAGUACAAACGAUGUCAUCGACACGCCCACUUAAAAAGCACUACUGUAAAGUAUGGCCUGUCAUCUUAGUUGUGAGACCAACUACACAGUUUCACGAAGGAUAGUUGCUUCUUACACAACUGCUACAAGACAAAUUAUUGUAAUUCGGCACCCUAUUGUGGAGGCAUAUAGACUCCAGCUAAGGAGGAAAAUUUUCUACCCUUUAUAUAAUUACGAUAGUACCUGUCCAUGUGACGAAAAUUCGUAAUGAGCUUACUGAUACGUCAUUACUGGUGACAGAAACAUGAUAUAGCCUGAUGUGCAGUACCUUGCUGCCAUGUGUAAAAUUCAAGUGAAAACUCGAUUUCAGAUGUUAGGAAUAUUUACUGUGCAGUUGCACGCAGGAAACCUGAGGUCUCAAGUAUUAUUGCAGAUGAAUUUGUUCCUGAACUGUAAAUACUCAAAAGCUGUUAGUGUGAAAUACUAAGUGAAUGAAAGUAAUGAAGUUUUCGUUUGAGAAUGAUUUAUAAAAUAUUCUCGUCGCAGCUGACACAUAGCAGACAAGGUGUCGCCUUGAAAUGACAUGAUAAGUUUUGGUUUUAAGAAACGGCUGACAGCAGCAAGAUACAUAAAAAGUCAACAAAAAGAUAGUCUUGAAAUGAAAUGCUCAGUACUUUUUACGGAACAUAAAUUGCUCAGAUAAUAGUACCUGAAGCCAGUGAAAUCCGUACUUCAGUACAGCCCUCGACAGUUUAUUGUAUACAGCGUGUUGAGAAUUGACAUCUUCUCAUGUUUAAUGAAUAAGCUCAAGGUUCUGCUUUCUAGAUCUCUUCUCUUAUCGGCAGAGAUAUUUCUGUCAUUACGGUUCCCCUUCAAGAAAGGCUGCUAAGUAGAGUAAAUGGAUAUUUUUUCAAGUUCCAUUUUCUGUGCUGCUUUUUCUCUGUUGACAUUUGGAAACUUGUAUAUCUGACGACUUUAGUCUUCUUCUACUACACUUAAUGGCCUAGGAAUAUUGCCUAUUACGACAUAAUUAAUUUCCUUAAAAACACUAUAGUCAAACUGUCAUUUCUUGACUUCGUGUUCACUAGAAUAUUUAACACAAACGACAAUAGUUUUGUUAAUACAAAGUCAGCUGACGCUAUUUGUAAAAUUUUAAUAAGACUUAAAUUUGCAUCUACACGCAGUGUAAACGUUGAUAGGUUUCGGGCUUCGUGUAGAGUGGGCUUGAAAGAUGAGGCUUAAAAAUUCACAACCACCUCCUGAAUAAGAGUAACCCCUUGCCUCUCAUUUUCAACGAAAAUUCGAAGAACUUACAGCUAUUCUUUGCAAUAAAAAUACCUUUUACGCUCCAGUCGUAGUAAUAAGCAGCACGGUUUGGUUCUGCAGCCAGGUGCAUUUUCUUCCUGCCUCACACUAAUGUUUUGCUUCUGCGUAACAACGUUCUUACAUUCUAGUGUUACUUUGAUGAUUCUGAGGCACAGUGUUAUUUGGUGAUGAGAAGCAGUACGUUUCGCAUCUAAUGUACAUUAAAGUCUUCGAAAACGUGUGAUUAUUUCCUGUUGAGACUAAUACUGUGUAUUGGUAUUCGUUUCCAGCACCUCAGAUGCACGAACACAAGCAAAAAGUAUACGCAUUACAUCAUUUGAAUGUUUAUAUGAAGUUCAAAAAUAUUUGCUAAGUGAAUAGAAUGUCUCACAAGUUAUCUACAGCCGAUGUAAUACACUUGUUGCUCAAAAACGUAUUAACUCAUUCAGUUGACUGGAUAGAAAACAUCUCUCUUCUCAUACUUUCUAAAUUCGCUUUGGUUCGUCAUGAAGCUUUGUAAAAAAAUUUCUCUGUCACUCUCAUCUUCCGUUCAACAGCCCACUGUAAAAAAAAAAAAA